GCGGGAAGGUCUUGGCAACUGAGGAAACGGAGCGGCAGCCGAGCGACCCGCCCUCAAGUAGCAGCUGCGGCGUCCGUUGCGGUUGCUGCGCGUGGCGCCCUCAGAGUUCGAAAGGGGCGGAGCGGAGGCUUCCCGGGGCGCGAGCGCGGGCGACAUGAGCGGCAAAGAAGGAACAGGUGAGUUCCGAAAAAGAAAGCAUGACAAUUUCCCUCAUGGUCAUCGAAGAGAAGAAAAAGACAGCAUUAAUCCUCCUUCAGCUAUGACUAUGUCCUUUAAAGCAUUCCAGGUGGAACUUGAUACAAAACAUGAUAAAUAUGAGAGGCUUGUGAAACUUAGUCGUGAUAUAACUAUUGAAAGUAAAAGGGUCAUAUUCUUACUACAUAGGAUUACCAGUGCUCCUAACGGGGAGGAAAUAUUAAUGGAAUCUGAGACCAAAUUAGAUCUUGUGAGACAGAAGAUAAAACAAGUAGCGCAAGAAUUGAUGGGAGAAGAUAUGUAUCAGUUUCACAGAGCCAUCUCUCCAGGUCUUCAGGAAUAUGUGGAAGCUGUGUCAUUCCAGUAUUUUAUCAAAACUCGGUCAUUAGUUAGUAUAGAGGAGAUCAAUAGGCAACUGAUAUUUUCAGAAGAAGAUAAAGAAGAAGAAGCAAAGCCAUCUUCUGAUUGUCACGACAAGCAACAUAACACUUCAAGCCUGAAGGUGACUCCUGUAGAUUACCUCCUGGGAGUGGCUGAUCUGACUGGAGAGCUGAUGCGGAUGUGCAUUAACAGUGUUGGCAAUGGGGACAUAGAUACCCCAUUUGAGCUGAGCCAGUUCCUGCGCCAGAUCUAUGAUGGCUUUUCCUAUAUUGGCAACACUGGACCAUAUGAAGUUUCUAAAAAACUCUAUACCUUGAAACAGAGUUUGGCCAAAGUGGAAAAUGCCUGCUACACAUUAAAAGUCAGGGGGUCUGAGAUACCAAAGCAUAUGUUAGCUGAUGUGUUCUCCAGCAAAACUGAAAUAAUUGACCAAGAAGAUGGGCUUUCCUAAACUGCUUAGAAACUUCAUGGCAAAAAAA